ACAAACUUAAUUCAUUAAAGAAAUAAAGUUUAAUUUUUAAAACAUAAAUAGUUAUUUAAAAUGAAAAACAAUAAAUAAAGAUAAAAAGUUUAAGUAUUUUAUAAAAUAAAACACAAAUAUAUGAAAAUAUGACAUUUACUAAAUAUUUAUCAAUUGAAAAAAAAUAAAUAAAUAAACUUGCGCUUUGAAAUCACAGGUCAAAAUCUAGUUUUCGUUUAUAGGGGAUACAUAUCUGAUACCUAAUAAGAUGUUAUUGGAGAUUGGUCUAACUAAUCCACCCUAAGCCCAGUUAUCAUCCAACAAAUUUGAUGGUCAUCUCAAUAAACAACCAGAGUUCGUCCCACUUCUGUAAAACUUGUAUAUAGAUUAUAGUUUCUUUUUAUAGCACUGCCUGAUAACUUGCCACCACGAGAAGAAGUACCACUUCGUGAUGUAAAGUCAGCUUGGCUUUGGCGAAGCCUAUUAGAUGGGGGAAAGCAUAUCAGCAUAUGGGACUGAAGCCAAGUACGUAGCGUAUUAUACCAAGAGUCUUACUUCUUUCAAGGCGGCAAAAUCUAAGUUAGACGGUUUAGUUAGAUCGCUAAAAAAGGAAAUAAUGUAGAAAGGCAAAUCUUUUAAAAGGAAAAAUAGCAUCUGUUAAACCAUUAUAAAAGGAGGGUCACGUUAUUCUAUUUUGUUUCAUUCACACCAUUCAUCAACGCUUUCUGAUCUAUCGAUUUCAAGAUUUCUUCCAAAACUUUCUUUCUUGUUCAUCUUCGGUAGAUAAUGGCGACAAGAACAAGAAUCUUCAGCUUCGUGUUGAUGAUGAUGAUGAGCUUCACGGUUCUCUUGAGUUCCUGCUCGGCGAAGGUCUACAAAGUUGGAGACUCCGAAGGAUGGACUGCCAAGGACGACGUCUACUACGCUUGGGCCGAGUCCGACCAUAAGGAGUUCCACGUGGGAGAUUUUCUCGUCUUCGAAUACAAUCCCAGCAUCAAUGAUGUGACUCAUGUAUCUGGCUCUUUGGAAUACGAGUUUUGCGACUACUCUUCACCUAAAACCGUCUACAACACAGGACACGAUGUCGUAACUCUCACGGAACCAGGCUUUCACUACUUCAUCACCUCCAACCAAACUCAAUGCGUAUUGGGACAGAAGCUCGAAGUUCUUGUCAUCCAUGAUCCCUCCAGUCCGGUUCCACCACCAACACUUAGCAAAAUCCUUCCUGUCGGAAAUACCUACAAGGUAGGAGACUCAAAAGGAUGGACAAACAUUUAUGAUAGUGACUUCUAUAACAAGUGGAGUGAGGAGAAACAGUUUCAUGUUGGAGAUAGUCUUAUCUUCGAGUAUGCCAAUGAAGUUAACGACGUCUAUGAGAUCAGCGGUGAUCUAGAAUUCAUAACAUGCGAUCCAACGUCUCCUGUAGCCGUGCACAAGACGGGACACGAUCUUGUUAGGCUUACGGAACCAGGAGUUCAUUAUUUUAUAACCUCGCAAUCUGGUUAUUGUGAGGCUGGGCUUAAACUUCGAGUGAUGGUGAAACCAGAACCCAAAGCUGUUACUUACCCUAAUUUUCCCAAGAAGGUGGACUUGUCAGCUAUGGAGCGCCUCAACAACUGGUUGAAGAAUUUCAAACACCAGCCCCAUCAUUAAACCCAUUCGUUUGGAUUUGUUGUUUUCUUUCUCUCGUAUCGUUUGUUGUUUACCAUCUUUAAUUAGGGCUUUUGUUUCGAGAGUACUUUCCUAAUACCAUCGUUGUAGAUUUUACUUGAUAUGAGCAUAAUAUUCAAUAAGAUUCACUGAAAACGGCAUUAAGCUCAUCAAUACACAGAUUAGAUCUUAUAAACUUGAAACAACUAAGAUAAAAAAAUAGCAUAAAUUAUUGCAUUGCGCGUUGUAGCUCCAUGCUGUAAGCUUAUAUGAUAUCUCCUUUUUAGCAAAUGUCUUCCUACGAAGGCGGAUUCUAAGUUAAUCUAAUUAAUAAAAAUUAGGAAACUAACACAUGUAGUUAAGAAACAUCCAAGAAUACAAAAUACGAGGCUCACGAGCAGAGUUAUAGACAAGAAAAAUGAAAGCGCCAUUAAAUGUUUUCUCAUAAACAAAUCCAAAGCUCUAUUGACAUAAACAUAGCAAACGAUUUAGUUAUCUAAAAGAAACCGGAAAUUGGUUAAACCGACCCGGUUAUUAGAUUAUUUAGGUGAUCUAAUUAAUAACAUUACUAGAUUUUGACAAGCGCUUUAAAGCGCGAAAUUAUUUUCCUCUUAAAUUUUUUUUUCAAAAUUGAAAAAUAUUUGUGAAAUGUAAUUUAAUAUAUUUGUAUUUUAUUUAUAGAAAAAAAUUAAACUUACCAUCUAUUUUUAUUAUUAAUUUUAAAUGAGUAUUUAUGUUUACAAUUAGACUUGAUUUUAUAAAUGAUUUAAAUUGGUAUUUCUCUAAUCAAUUAAAUUUAUUAUGUUGUGAAUUUUUUUUCUUGUGAUUUAUUUUUCUAAAGUCAUUUUUAACAAUUUUAAAUUGUUAAUAAACUAUUAUAUUAUUCUUUUAAUAAAGAGUUACAUCUUUCAAUACAAAUAUUCCAAUAAUUUAUGAAAUUUUAAAUUAUAGUAAGAAAAGUCAAAGUAUAAUUAUCAUGUGUUUAAUUUUUGUUCAUAUAAACAAAAUAUUUGUAUGAUGUUAA